AAUGUACCAGUCAGUCAUUUACAUCAAAAUAAAACACUGACUGUCGAUGCGGAAUUAACUUCAUAUAUUCUACCGGCGCGUCAACGUAACGUGUUUCUACGUUCACUUUACCACGGUGACCUGAUAACGCAGAUAGUAAUAUCAUUGUCAUGGACUUAAGUUGUACCUGAAAACAGUGGGAAAAUAGAAUAAUAUUAAUUUAUUGGAGUUACCUGCAGCAUGGCUGAAUCACGUGUGUUACCUUUUCAUGAUGGAAAUGGUGCAAGUAACAAUUCGAAUCACCUCUUCAUAACGCAACCAGCAGGCGACCAAGAUGGCGGACCGGAAACGGAACUUGGAAUAAUAAAUGGCGGAUGCAGCGGUUAUGCUUUUGAAACAAGCAUUUGUGAAAAUAGGGAUAAUGAAAUAAACAACCGUCGAGCAAGCCUAAAUACUGACGAGGAAAACACUUUUGACAGAAAUAUGGACGGUACAAAAAGCGAGUUUAAAAGUUUGGUACCGUUUUGUUUGGUCCUUGGAAUGGGAGCCCUGUUUUCACAAAGUAUUUCCGUCUAUCUGUCAUCACAAAUAACUGUUUUGGAAAGAGCGUUCGGUCUUAGCAGUGCAAAAAGUGGGUUGUUAUUGAGUGCAAAUGAUAUAGGAUUUGUUGUAACAGUUUUAUUGGCCAGUCAUUUUUUGAAACAUAGAAACAUUCCACGAAUAUUGGCACUCUGUAUUUUUGUUUUUGGUGUAUCGGGAGUUUUGACCAGCCUACCGCAUUUCAUAAUUAACGAAAAGGAGGCCGUGGGCGUCACCUUAGUAAACUCCACCUCAAAGAAUGAAUAUAUAUGCGUCCCAGGAGCUGACAAUAACGUGUCACAGUCACAGGCAUGCGCACAGCUCUCGGAAACAGAUUCAGUGAAAAGUAAUACAUGGGUUGUCGCCCUUAUAGCAGUUAUGAUGGUACUACAGGGUGUUGCGAAAGCCCCUAGGGUUCCUCUCGGCAGUUUGUACAUUGAUAACAACUCUACGAAAGAAAAGACUGGGUUCUAUUUAGGAAUUCUUAUGUCUUUUUCGAUAUUUGGACCAUUCAUUGCUAUAACUGCAGGAGGGCUGUUCAACAAACUACCUGUUGAUUUAAAAGAGACAUCUUUGACACCAGAAGAUCCGAGAUGGAUUGGUGCAUGGUGGUUGGGGUUUAUUGUUUUUGGAGCCAGCGCGAUCAUGAUGUCAUUUCCGAUAUUCUUUUUUCCGGCUUCAUUGCGGGCAAGCGAAGAAAAAUCUCAAGUACAACAAGCAGAAUAUGCUAACAGUUCUGUAAUAGAAUCAUCACCAAGAUUUACGGAAACUCUGAAAGAUUUGCCCCGGUCGAUAUUUCGAGUACUUCAACAACCGGUGUAUGUGUGUAAUUUACUCUCCGUGCUGUUCCUUGUUUUUGCAUUCAUGGCAUUUGGUUCGUUUGGUCCAAAGUACAUAGAAAAUCAGUUUAGAGUUCCCACCUGGAAGGCGAAUAUCAUAUUAGGUGCAGAGAAGCUGGUUACAACGGUUCUUGGAACGUUUCUGGGCGGAGUUAUUACAAGGAGGCUCCGCCUUGGAUUGUAUGGGUGUGUUAAAAUGUUGCUGAUGUGUCGCUCUUUCUCAUUUGUUUGCCAGAUAGCCAACUUUGUUCUAGGGUGUGAUAACCCGCCAAUCAUUGGAUUUGACACAGAAAAUAGCCGGAUAGAAAGUCCAGCUUGUGUUUGUACGAUGGUCCCGUAUUUUCCGGUGUGUGCGAAUGGGCAGUCAUAUUUUUCACCAUGUCACGCUGGUUGUACUACAGAACUUCAAGGGGUAUAUUCAAAUUGCACGGCGGCUUACAGUGAAGAUUCUAUAUCAGGGACAGUAACUCAAGGUUUCUGUGGCGGUGAAUGUUCGUAUUUACUUCCCUUUAUCAUAUUGAAUGCCUGCAGCUCCUUGAUUGGAACAAUGACACUUUCGCCGUCAUACGUCACUAUGUUAAGGGCUGUUUCUGAGAAAGACAGAGCGAUGGCUGUUGGGUUACAAUCAUUUCUUUUGGCGUUACUAGUUUUCCUUCCGGCACCGAUAGUGUAUGGUGGGGUAUUUGACUCUUUGUGUCUUCUGUGGAAAUCAACUUGUUCAGGAGAUGGGGCGUGUCUCUUAUAUGAUGUUACAGAUAUGCGAUUAAAAUUUGUCGCCAUCAACGUAGGUCUUAUUGCUGCUGGUCUCGUUCUCACGUGUGUCACGUGCGGGUUCGCUAGAAAGAAAGAAGCAGACGAGAAAAGACGUCUGGAGAAAUCUGUUGAAGUGAAGCCCCCAGUGCCGCAGCCAAGACCUUCACUAUCAAAAUAACUUUAUUAUUAUAGAUGUGUCGUUAACAACGUUGAUAUUGAUUAUUCAAAAGUGAAAUGUUAUAUACAGUCAAACUUGUAUAAAGCGACCGCGCAAGGGAAACACCCAAAACGGUCGCUUAAUGAAA